CGCCGCUACGGUGGCGGGCCUAGUGGUCUUACGCGGGUCUGCGGGGGGUCGGUCACAAACCCCGUGAUCAACACGCUCAACACGUAACAGUAACAGAUGACGUAAAGCCUAAAGGGCUUCCUUGAAGGAUGCCAUGACCUCCGAACCAACUCCGAAAUCAUCCCAAGCCACUGAAAGUCUCGUCAAACGUCUCGCUGGUCCGUCCACCGGCAAAGCAGGUCUCGUUGCUGACCAAACAGAAAUCAACCGCGUUAUCACUGAGGCCUCGAAAGGCUCCAAAUUUUACGAGAAUGAGAAACGAAAAGAUCAAGACCUUACGAACAGGAUUAAUAAGAUAUUGAAGCUGCGCGAUGAGGUGUCAAAAGGAGUGGACAUGCACAAAGUCGAGUUGAGUGUUGACGCCCUGCUUCAAGAGGUUGAACGACAGCGAGACUUGAGUCAAGUCAUUGUCCAUGUUGAUAUGGAUGCAUUUUAUGCGAACGUAGAACUUCUUCACAACCCAGAGCUCAAAGGAAAACCUUUUGGUGUAGGUCAUGGCGUACUUACUACAGCAUCAUAUGAAGCUCGGAAGUAUGGAGUCCGCUCGGGCAUGCCAGGCUUCAUUGCGAAGAAACUCUGUCCAGAGCUUAUUCUUGUCAAACUCAACUUCACGCGGUACAAUGAGAUGUCCCAGAAAGUUAUGGAUAUUUUCAAGCGAUGUGAUCCCAACAUGUGUCCUGCGGGAUGCGAUGAAGGGUACUUGAAUAUAACUUCAUAUUGCAAGGAACACGAUGUCACUCCAGAUGAUUGCGUCCAGGAGAUGCGAGGAAAGGUGUUUGAGGAGACCAAAUUGACCGUUAGCGCCGGCAUAGCACCUAAUAAGAUGCUAGCAAAAAUAUGUUCUGACAAAAAUAAACCCAACGGUCAAUUCCGCCUGCCUUUUGAUAGCCAAGAAAUCAUCACCUUCAUGCAUGACUUAUCAAUUCGCAAGGUCCCUGGCAUUGGACGUGUCAACGAACGGUUGCUAGAAUCUGUGGGCAUAAAGACUUGUGGCGAUAUCUACUCUCAGCGGGCAAUGCUCUCAUUGAUGGACAAACAGUUCGGGUUGCACUUUCUCCUCCGUACCCACCUUGGUAUAGCGUCAAAUAAUGUUCAGCCGCAUCAGAGGGAAGAACGAAAAAGUAUAGGUGCAGAACGUACUUUCAAUCCUUUAGACGAUAAAGAGAGGAUUUUCCAGAAGCUUCAAGAGGUUGCCCAAGAACUGGAGGACGACAUGAAUAGCAGUGGGUGGACGGGACGGACAAUUACCUUAAAGUUCAAGCUCGAUACAUAUCAAGUAUUCACUCGUGCGAAGUCUUUCGAUCGCUGGAUAAUGAAGAAGGAGGAGCUGUUUAAGAUAGGCAAGGAGCUGCUGCUGCCUGAGUUUCCGUUGAAACUGAGAUUGAUCGGUUUGCGAGUAACAAAGUUGAAGGAUUUACGCGCUACCUCGGACACGACCGCUGGUAUCAAACGGGUGGGUUUACGCGUUCUUUGCAAACGCACACAUCAUUGAGCUACAAACAGUUUUUUGAGUCUGCUGGUGGUGAUCAAUCCACUUCUAACAAACGACCCAAGACUGAGCAUGACAAUGACUUGCUGAAAACUCAAGACCAGUGGGAUGACUCUAUGCCCGGAUAUCAUGAGCUUGACGACACUGACAAUGACAUGAAUACCAAUGAAGGAGACAUGGAGGAGACCGUGGAGCCGUCCUUCCGUUCUCGGCCACCCGUCUCCGAACCUGCGCGUUCUUCUCAGGACCCGGUUCGAAUAUCGAUCAAACCUCGGAGCACUAUAACGCGUCCGAGUUCAUCUUCGUCCACAGUGAAGCUCUCACAAGACUGUCCAGUUUGCGGCAAGACCUUAACGACGGAUAAUAAAGGAUUUAACGAUCACAUUGAUUUUUGUCUGAGUCGGGGUAUUAUUCUGCAGGUGCAGGCUGAGGCAAGCGUGGGUGCUUCUUCCAAAUCGAAACAGAAGUUCAAGGGAAAGCGGAGAGGGUA